AUGGUUCGAGUUAUUACUCAAGAUACUUACGAUGAAGUUGUUAAGGAAAACAUCGAAGAGUUUGAUAUGAGUCCUGAAGAGGCUAUAAAAGAGGCGAUAGAUCAGUUUGAGGCACAAGGUGUAGACCUCACUAAUAUAAUAAAGGAUCUAGCUUUGGGUUCUGGCGAUAAGCAUUUGGUUUUGACAACUGUAAAAAAAUUGAAGGAAUUAUGCAGCAAUAAUGAAAAUGGCACCUUAAUUAUGAAUGAAUUGGAUAUCUUAAAGGCAGAAUGCAGUAAAGAUAUAGCACACAGAGUUAUGGCGGGAAAAGCGGGUGCUUAUAAUAUAUUAAUAGAUCUAUUAGAAGAAAAAUUAAAAAUGUAUAAAUUUGAAGAGAAUGAAGAAAAUAAACAGUUUGUAGUUAAAAUAUUAAAUUGUUUGGUAGCCUUGAUGGAAGUACAACCGGACUUACUUGAUAAGAGAGGAGUUGAUUUAAUUGACAGUUGUUUAGAUCUUGAGAAUGACGAAAUUAUAAUAUCAACAUUGAAAUGGAUCAACGAAUGUUGCACCAAACAUGAAAUCAAUAGACAGAAUCUGUUUGCAACGAACAUCGGAAAGAAAUUAAAGAUUUUACUCGGAAAAAGUAAUGUACAGUUAUUAUGUGAAGUAUUACAAGUUAUAAGGAAGUUCACUCUCGAUGAUGAUAUUCGAGUUGAGUUUGGUAAAGCACAUGAACAUGCUCGUGAUUUGGGUCUACUUUUACUUGAAACACUUGCUGGAUUAAUGAAAAAACACACGACCCCACCACUGGUGUCUGAGUUAAUGUGGACUACCUCUACAUUGUUAGUACGUCACGAGCUGUGCUCGAGGGCGGACCUACGGGCGGAGCUCAUGAGCGUCCUCUGUGACAAUUACGAUAAUGUGGUUGUCGUUCAACAAGCUUGUAAACUUAUCACCGCAUUGGCUGGUAAUGACGAUGUCAAACGUGAUAUAGUUAAUGGUGGCAUUGUACCAGUUAUAGUUUCAUUAUUAGGGAGACAUUCUUCAAAUGCACCGGCGUCAGCGCUUAUACUGAAAUGUAUAGCAGCCUUAUCACUGAGAGAACCGAAUCACGCGAAACAGUUCUUUGAGACAGGCGUCAUAAAGGCGAUUGUUGAAUGUAUCAAGAUACAUCCUAAUAAUUCUCAAGUACAGAAAAACGCGUGCUGGGCGAUACGUAAUCUAGUAUCGCGAUGUCGUGAAUACAACUCACAGUUCCACGAACUAGAUAUAGAAGCUUUGUUGAACAAAACGUAUAAUAAAUUCAACAAAGAGUUUGGAUUCGAUGUUAAAUCAGCACUCAGAGAUCUUGAAUGUGAUGUUAAGUUUGAGGAACAGUGGACGGGGAGAGGCGGGGAAAUUGAACAAUGA